GUGACGUAGUGCUACCAGGGCAACAUACGACGCUAAAGGUAACGAGGGAUCGAAAACUAUAACUAUUAGUAAGCUCAUCGGCAGUACACAUCAGUAAUAGGUUGGCCAAAGUAUCAAAGAUGGCUUGCAGAAAUCCUAAUUUUUCAACUCAGCACCAGAACUUUCUAACUGAGUCAUAUAACAAGGAAAGAGAUGCACGUCUGAAAUGGUUUUUCAAGAGUGAUAAGUCGGAAUCGAAGAAGCCCAAACAGUUCGAUGUUUUCAGACGAAAAAUCGAAGAAGGGUCUAAACCAUCCGAAGCGUUAUUACAGAGGCUGCCAACAAUUGUAGGUGAGACUCGAUAUAAUAAGAAGAAAGCUAAUCUAGUUGACAUGAUGGCAGAACGUGCAACCACUUCCUUGAACCCUGGAUCAGAAAUGAGACCGGUAACACCCAAAACAAAAUCAGGCUUGUAUGAUGGGUUUACAAAAGAAGGAAGGGGUCGGUACCAGUACUUGGAGAAGAGGUAUAAGAAGAUUCCUGAACAAAAGUACGAUUAUCCUCUUCUCAGCUCAUGGGAAUACGGAUGGAGACUUGGAGAUGUGAUAAAGAAAGAUGCAAUUAAAAAACCAGCCCAUGGUCGCACAAGAAUUGUUGCCGACACAUUUUACACAAGGAAUGGAAUUUCCAAAGAUACUUCACUGAAGGCUUAGACAUCUAGAUUUGAAUACACUUUAUCUUUGUGUGCGGUCGAUCAUCUUAUGUGUUUAUUCACCCACUCAGGUGAUCAUAUUUUGCUCAGUGAGAAGAGAUAUCUUUUGAAUCAGAUUCUACAAAUGUGAUUGGAUUUGUUUCAUGGACACUAAUUGAUAAAUGUAACCCAAGACAAGAUUCUGAAUGUUUCAACAACCCUUUAUUGUGAACUUCACAAUGAAUCAACUUUUAUCAAAGUUAUUGUGAAAUGGUGUUUGUAAUCAUGUUAAUAUUUGAUGUGGGUCCUUCAUUAUGUUAUAAGAAGCUGUGUGUACACGAAGUACUGAAUAUACUGAUUUAUAUAAUUGCACAAAUGUGUUUCAACUGUCUUGAUCACAGAUUUUCAUUCUUUCUGUGCAGGAAAUGUACUUGUUUUAAAUUGAAUAUGUCAUGGUAUUAAAGUUUGAGAGUGAAUUAUCACAUGAACAUAGUUGGACAUAUUUAUGCACUUUGCUUGUGUUAAGGAAACCAUUGUCUGGGCUGCAGGUCAUUGAAAGUUGUUUUUUGUAUUUUGGGUUGGCAACAAAGAUGAAAAUUUUGCUUAAUUAAUUAUAACAUUGAGGGUGUUCGCUUUGUAUUUCUCACAAUUUCAAAUUACAAGCGAUGUCAGUUUUGCUAUAUCAUUUGUUCUGGUAAAUACCAUAGAGCAAUGUGAAAUUAAUUUGUCAUGUUAUGUAACUGUAGUAGCUAGUAUGAUUGUGUUGGAGGUUGUUAUUUUAAAACUAAUUUAAUAGGAAUUCUCCUGUUUGCUCAAACUGAAAAGUCUUGCUGAGUUGCUGUUUGUAUUUAGUUUGCAAUAUAUUUCUCUUAAAACUCAAAGAUUCUGUGGUGAUCUUGUGUGAUCAGGUUCUAUUUACAGUUUGUUAUGAGCCAUUCAUUAUUUUAUGUACGUAGAGUAUUGACAUGAUUAUUUGAACAGAUCUGACUGUCCUGUAGCUGACUGGUUGUCUGACAACUUCUGCACAACUAUUUAGAUCAAUGUAUUUUAUAUCCUCUGUGAUAUUGAUUAUAAUGAUGCACAAUUUAGUGUGAUAUUAUUUUUGUACAUCAAAGUAUUGCUUGACUUAUCAAGCCUUUUUUGCUCACCUGUGUAGGUGCUUGCUGUCACACAUAUAAUAUGUGUAACAAAGGUUACCUGGUCUGUCUAUAUUAUUUAUUUUGUAUGGGAUGACCUGAUAUACACUAUUGCACAUGAUUAGCCAAACUUACUUUUUAAGAAAACAGUAUUGAACAAGAACUGUAAAUAAACAAAUGUCCUAGA